UGGCGUCCCGAACAGCGAAAGAUAGGUUGGCUCUGGGUCGCAGAGGCCAUUCUAUGGCGGAGAACUGCAGUGACUUACAUCGACAUCGCGAACGGUGACACCUCCAGGCAUUUUGGCGAUUGUUGAAUGGGAUCUGGGCGGAGAUGGUGGGAUUGUUCGUUCGUGAUGGUGCGAGUUAUCGUCGAUGUGGGAUAAGCCGAGCCGAAUUGGAGGACGUCCGCAAAAUUUCGAGUGGGGAGCUAGGCCGGGUCUUGGCACGUCCUGGCGGCUUAGGGCUCCAAGCCCUGCGUAGCAGAAAGCGAAGGAACCCUAUCCCUUCAGCUCUUGCAACUUGUUCGUCACUGGCCAGUGCACUUUCAGCGGUUCAGACUUUGGUGAUGGAGGCGAUUCAACGAAUUGGAGUCAAGCGGAUACAUGCACCAUCCACAGGUUGUGAGCACGGCUGGCUCGAAGCCUGGCUUCCUUUCAUCAAAGUUGACUUCAGCUUCUCAAAGCAUAGAGAUCAGCAAGACCGGCUGCAACAAGGGCCUAGCGUUCCGGGUUGCUGGAAGUCUGUUUGUUUCUACCUUACGGAGAAACAUUAAGCCUCACUUUGCAAAGAAACAUCCAAUGCAAUCCAGGUCUCCUACCAGGGAACAGCAUUGAAGAGCCAUGCAGCCGAACAAAGAUGGAUUGAAACUGAGAUUGCGCUUAGCACCAGAGCCGAGGAUGAACACGACAUUAUUCAAGGAGUAAUCGUACUGAGGAGCUGGGCCCAUCCGCUGGACAGCCCUGGACCAACGGCAGCAGACCAUUGCGGUCCCUAGAUGCCCUGCUCGG